CGCUGUGAAAAGUCGCGGUUGUGUAGCAUACUAGGCCUUUCCGCGUUGGACUGGUCGGUGUUGAGUAGUGGUUGUGGUGGUUCUUUUUGUUGAAGUUACACGUGCAAGAGUUUGAAGCCAUAAAUACAAAAUAGCUUAAAAGUAUUAAUAUUCCAUCAUGGCUGAUUAUUUGAUUUGUGGUGGUGCUGGUUAUGUUCCGGAAGACGGCUUAACAAGUGCCCAGUUAUUUGCGAAUGGUGAUGGAUUAACGUACAACGAUUUUAUCAUUUUACCCGGAUUUAUUGAUUUUACUGCAGAGGAAGUGGAUCUCACAUCAGCUCUUACAAAGAAAAUAACAUUGAAAGCUCCAUUAGUUUCCUCACCAAUGGAUACAGUUACUGAAUCUGACAUGGCCAUAGCUAUGGCAUUGUGUGGAGGUAUUGGUAUGAUACAUCACAAUUGCACCCCAGAAUAUCAAGCUAACGAAGUUCAUAAAGUGAAGAAAUAUAAGCAGGGCUUCAUUAGAGACCCAGUCGUUCUCAGUCCUAACCACACCGUAGGUGAUGUGUUUAAGGUAAAACGAGAGCAUGGAUUCUGUGGAAUUCCUGUUACUGUCAGUGGGAAACUAGGUGGCAAAUUAGAUGGCAUUGUUACAUCCAGAGAUAUAGACUUUCUAGAUGAAUCAAAAGACAGCUGUCUUAAGUUGGAAGCUGUGAUGACAAAUUUUGAUGAUCUAAUAACAGCUUCCUCUAAUGUGACACUCCAGGAAGCUAACAGCAUUUUGGAGAAAUCAAAGAAAGGCAAACUGCCGAUUAUCAAUGAUCGAGAAGAGCUGGUAGCACUGAUUGCUCGUACAGAUCUACAGAAAUCACGCAGUUACCCGAAUGCAUCAAAAGAUGAGAACAAACAACUUCUUGUAGGUGCAGCAAUAGGUACUCGUGAAGAAGACAAGCACAGACUUAAGUUGUUGUCACAGGCAGGUGUGGAUGUUGUGCUGCUAGAUUCAUCACAGGGUAACUCAGUGUAUCAGAUUGAUAUGAUUCGUUACAUCAAGCAGACUUAUCCUGAGUUGCAAGUGAUUGGUGGUAAUGUUGUGACAGCAGCCCAGGCCAAGAAUCUGAUUGAUGCAGGUGUAGAUGGUCUGCGAGUUGGAAUGGGAAGUGGCUCAAUUUGUAUUACUCAAGAGGUCAUGGCAGUGGGGCGUCCUCAGGGUACAGCAGUGUAUCGUGUAGCAGAAUAUGCUCGUCGUUUUGGUGUACCUGUGAUUGCAGAUGGUGGUAUUCAGUCAGUAGGUCAUGUCUUGAAAGCACUGUCGUUGGGUGCUUCCACAGCAAUGAUGGGUUCCCUAGUGGCAGGCACUUCAGAAGCCCCUGGAGAGUAUUUUUUUUGUGAUGGUGUUCGAGUGAAGAAGUAUCGUGGUAUGGGUAGUUUAGAAGCAAUGUCUCGCAAAGAUGCUAAAGGAUCUGCAAUGAAUCGCUACUUCCACAAUGAAAAUGAUAAAAUGAAGGUUGCUCAAGGUGUAAGUGGGUCCAUUGUUGAUAAAGGAUCAGUGUUGCGAUUCUUGCCAUAUCUGCAGUGUGGCCUACAGCAUGGCUGUCAGGACAUAGGUGCUCGCAGUUUGUCCAUUCUGCGUUCCAUGAUGUAUUCAGGGGAGCUGAAGUUUGAACGUAGGUCCCAGUCAGCACAGAUUGAAGGGAAUGUGCAUGGCUUGUUUUCAUAUGAAAAGCGAUUGUUUUGAAAAAUCACUGGACUGCAGUGGGCCACUCUCUAAUUAUUGGGUUUUCUACUAUAGUAUGUAACCUAAAUAGAUUAUGAAUCUACAUACCAUCUUCCAGGAUACCAUUGUGGUCAUCCUCUUUUUUUUAAAUGAUGUUCAUUUGAACAUGCAAGUAAUUUGCAAGUUACCUGGCAAUUGGGGCACAUAUUCUAUCUGAUGAAAUAAUACAUUGCUUGUCAUCAAAAUAAUUUUUCAUUAUUGUGUAUGUGUAAGUUAUUUUGAUAAGGGAUGAAAUAUGAGGAGUUUGUAUUUUCACACACUGAAUUUUUAAACACAGCUGGAUUUAAGUUAUGAUUUUGAUAGUAUUAUUAUGAUGGAGUAUUGAAGCAUAAACUGAAAAUCUAUUUAAGAUGUGAAAUAACUUAUGUUUUCGUUCUCUGCAUAUGACAUUGGCGGAAUCCCAGUGUUUACUUUUUUAAUAUUUUAUUGACUAGCCCAUAAUCACAAAAUCCUCACCAGUCAUAUUUGCCAAUUGUUACAUAGAUUCAAGGAAUGGUAAAAUUGUGUGAUGUGACAUCGUGUAUUUUGUGUUUAUAAGUUUACUUCUUCGUCGUUACAAGUACCAAUUAGUUUAUAGGAUUUUAGUCUUGAUAACAUGAUUGUCAUGCAUAAAAGAACACUAGAUUAAUACAUAGUGUGUAUAGCUGCUCUUUCUCUGGGAUGAUUAUCCACUGACCACACACACAAAUUGCAACCACCAGUACUUAAAAUGAUGUUACACACACAGUUGCAGUGUGAAUAAUUUUAGUGGCAGUUGCUGUUAGCACUUAACAAUGAAUUAUGCAGUUCCUGCCAGGAAUGAGGGAGUGACAGUUGUGUUUAACCAUGUCAGUGGACAUGGUAUGGUGUGAUAUUCCAGGACACACAUUUAUUAUUUAUUAAAAAAUUUGCAAAGGAAAAUUAAUUUAUUUUAAUAUCCAAUUUUUUGUGGUGGUAUGUUUUAACUACAGAAAUUUUGUGAUAAUAUUAUAGGGAUUGAUGAACCUAAUUUGUGACUUUCUAUUAAAGUUUACAGCAUGAAAGAGUAAGAAAAGAAGAAUUCUGAGAAUGGAACAAAGUAUUUAUAUAUUGCAAACACAGAAUGUAGUAUAAUAAAUAACUUCUUUAUAGUAUUGGUUAGAUCUCUUUUGUCACUCUGUGUUAAAUAUACCCUUAUAUAGUGUGUUUUUAUAAACACUUAAGUGAAUCUGUCAUUUCCUGACUGCUGGUCAGUGACAGCCUACCUUCAGCCAAGCACUAUUAUUAGUUCAUCCCAUUAUAAGUCUAAAGUGAGUCAGCCAAGCUGCUGAUGUGAGUUGAUUUUGUCCCUGAAUGAAUAAGGUUUUAAUUUUGUCAAAUACUGGUUAGCUACAUUGUGAAUAAAUUAUGCUGCAGUAAUGUUGAACAACAUAUUAAUAAAUAGUUGUCACUGUGAAUGAUGAUAGAUUCUUUAUACUGUCACACGUGUUUUGUAUAAAUCAUGUAUUUGAUGUAUGGCACGACAAGAAAGUAUUGGAAAAUUUUGCUGUAAAUUUUCCGAAUUCACAGUUUUAAGCACAACAGGCAACAGUAAGCUUGUUAGUAAGUCAGGUGUGCUGGUUUACUUAUGACUGAGACUGCCAUUCAGAAUGACAUUUGCUUAUUACAAAGAAAGUGGAUGAAACCAGAACUGAGGUAGCAUAGUUCAUUUGCCUGAUCUUAACAUGUCUUGUUAAAUUACAGGGUAACUUGAAUUGUAAUAUAUUCAGAACAAAACCUCAUAUAGAAUAAGAAUUUAAAGAAAACUAAUGGAGCAGAUUACUUAAGAAGCUGCUAAUUAUUGAGGUAGUUAAAUUCACUGCCAUCUGUGGAACCCAAAGAUUUGCUAUGAUAUUUAUAAGACACCACCUCCAAUUCAGUUUCUUAACUUCUACAUUAUUUAUUUUUGUAAGAUUAAAUCUCCCAAUUGUGCUGUAGUGUCUUUUAUAGUGUUUAAUAGUUUGUUUGUUCGCUUAUUUUAUAUUCCGUUUUUGUUUUGUUGUGUUGUGGUAACAUGCACUCUUAGCUAUUGGAUUUGGUGACAUACUUUCACAUAAACUCUUAUUCCCAAAUGUCUGUACUGACCUUUGCAUUCAACAGUACUUGUGAACGUCUAAUUUGCAUCAGCUUCACCAUGUUUAAACAAUAUAGAGAAUGAAAUGCUUUUGUUGUUGUUUCAGAGGAAUUAUAGGGUUAUGUCAGGAUUAAGUAAUAGUGAUUACCAGGUUAACUAGUAGUGUGCAAUCAAAGGUAGGCUUUGCUUGCUGGUAGACAGGAAGUAAAGAAUUCACACUGUAACAGAAAUGUAUAAUUCUGUAUAUUGUAUUUGAAAUUUUCCUGUAAUAUUAUGGCCUUUGUUAUAUUGAUUAUACAUUUUUCUUUUGUAAACUGUCAUAUCAGAACAAUGUGAUGUUUCUUGGGACCAUGUUUUGUCAUAUAUUUAUAAACAUAAAAUAUUAGGCAGAAAAGUUUAUAUGUAGCAAAUUUUAUUGGUUCAUGAGAAUGAAUUUUAUUGUCAGUUCAAAAGUUCUCAGUAGAAGGGAUGAUGAAUGAAACUAAAACUUCAGGCUAGAUGUGCAGGGGUGAAAAGAUAUGUUGGUAUCUAAAAAGAUGCAUAAACUUUCUGCGAACAGUCUGAUAACAAAAUCACUCUUGUUAAUGAUUUUUGAUGUCUAGUUUUCAUGUUACUUGAAAACAAUGGCCAUUAAUGAACAAGAAACUUGAAUUAAGGUAUUAUGUUCUGGAAGUUGCAGAAGUACUUUUAAUUUCAGUUGAAAAAUAUUUUACAUAAUUGGGAAUUUUUAUGUAUGUUGGACAUUGUUUCAGUCAUUGUAAAUACAAUGUUCGGAGACAAAAUUUUUGGGACUGCAACAGAUCUUCAUUCAAUAUCUGUAUCAGUGCAUUUUUUCAUUUGUCAUUGUGGACAAUGAUCAGCAAGCUGCAGAAACAAUAAGAAUAUCAUUUCCUGUGUGAUGAGCCACUCUGUACGCUAUAUGACUAUCACAGUCGUAGUAGUGCUGUCACUCUGUGUAAUAUUAUGUAUUAUUGAAUAUUUUAUACUUUGUAAGUAGGUUGUCAGAUUUUAUAGUAAAUGCUAAAAGUGUCUUCCUUAAGUCUGCUGAACUUGUGCCAAACCUUUUAUUAUGUUCUUUAAUUUAUUUUGUAUUUUUUUCAUAAAUUAUAAUGAUAACAGAAGCACUUGCAUUGUGUGAAAAUGUUUCACAAUUGUAGAGGAGUAGAUUGCUACUAGACAGCAAGGUACAGUUCUGUGGGAAAGUGAUGACCUGUUUACUACAGACUGUCCCUUCAUUAUACUUGGGUCUCAUUACAUAAAUUACCCUAUUUAUCCUUAAUAAUUUAAACUUACUGUUCACCAAUCCAUAUCCAGAGUCAUGAAUCUAAUCCAAACCCUUAAAUCCUGUUUCUGUUAUGUCCAUUUAAUAUUAUCCUUCCAUCUGUGCCAAGGUCUUUUGAGUGGUCAUCUCCCUUCGGGCUUUCAAACUAAAAUGUUGUAUCUAUUAUCUCCCUCGUGUUCUAUCAGUUCCUGCUGGGAGACAGGAAAUGACACUUGCAUUCAACUUUAUUAGUGAAUGCACUGUGCUAUAAAUGUAGGAUGCAGAAAUGGCAUAAGAUUGCAUAGCAUCAUGUUGAAACCAAACUUUGUUGCAUGACUCUGUUUUUAAAACUGCAUGUUUUAGAGUCCCUCAGUAUUUAAUUAAUUCAGUAUUUUCAGUAUGAUGAACUUUUGUGUCAUAUUGACUUUAGCUUUGGAAUUCAUCUUGUUUUUGAUCUUGAUGCCAAUUUGUAGGUGUCUUUUUAUGCUUUAGUAUAAGUGAAGAACAUCUUAUGGUCGGCCCUAUCCUAACAUGAAAGUUGAUCUGCACUUCUAUUUUUGAUGAUACUUUGUCAUAAUGACAGAUAAUUUCACAUUACCACUCAAAAUGGAAAUGUAACCUGGAAAGGCUGGACAUAAAAAUAAUUCUAAUUUAUUACUCUUUCACUGACACAAUGAAAUUCCUUGAAUUUUGAUAUCUCUGAGGUAUGUUUUGAUACAUUAUAGAUGUUUAAAAACUGUUUAUUGCCAUAUUCAUCUGCAGGAACAGUACAAUUCAUAGGUGUCUAGAAAAUUUGAUCCUGAUGUAACACAUCUGUAUUGUUUAUAUUUGUAGAUAUGUUUCAGUAUUUAUGGUAGGAUACAAAUAUGUAGUUUCUGCAUUUUUCAUGUUCAUAAAUUGAAAGUCAGUUGAAGUAAACUUUGAGAGUACUUAAUUUACAGGUCAGAGAAAAUCCUCUAGCUAUGUGCAUAGUGAUAUACUGAAACCUGUAUUUAGAGGCACAUAUCAGUGAUUUUAAUGUCUAAAGGAUGAUUUAAUGAUGUGUCAGCCCCAGCAGUUUCUGUUUGUUCUGUUUUCAUUCAGUGUCAUAGCAUAAUCAAAUGCCAUUAUCCUUUAAUGUCUUGGUUCUAUUUGUGGACAGUUUUUCUUGUUUGUUAUUAUGUAUGCCUCUGUUUUGAGUGCUUUAUGAGAACUGUAAAAUCUCGUUAUAACAAAUUCCUGAAAUAGUAAGAAUGAAUUCAUAUCUCAGAAGACUCCCAAAUUUAUGUUGAGCAGGACAGCCUGGGGUAUAGUUUGUUGUAACGAGAUUUUUAAAUUUUGUUUAGUUUUGGGGGCCAUUCAUAAGCUGUUAAUGUUGUAAAAUUUUGCACCUUUAUCAGGUGCUGUUUAAAACCUUCUAAAACUGAAGAAAAAUUUGGGAGUCCUGCUACUAACACAGUACAAACAUAAUGAAUUGUAUUUUUUUAGUUUGCAUUAGAUGCAACAUUGGUGUAUCUACAUUACUUAAAACAUUAAAUGUCCUUAAGACACAUGUGUUAUGGAACAAAUACAGAUUUUGAUACCAAGUUAUUGGAUCUUUGUCUUUCCAGUAUAUGUAUUCUUAAUUUGUUUCCAUUGAAUUUUCAGAAAGAGGAAAUUGAACACAUUUGGUUUAUGUUUAUGAAUGGCUCUUGAACUUUUAUAAUAUAGUUUAUUUUUAUAAUAUGGACUGGAUUUUCUUAUGAACAGAGUGAAGCAAGCUGAAUGAAGCAGUUAUGUCAGCAUAUGGGCAUCAUCAUUGGAACUUCUGUUGCGUGUCCCUGAGUGAUAUCUUCAAUGAUACAUUUUUAGCAGUUGCAUCUGGUUUCCUUAGGCUGUGCAAAGUAUAUCAGUUUUACUUUUGUGAGUGAUAGAGGUGGGUGGUGAUAUUGAAUUAGUUCUUCGUUAUAUAGUCACCAGUGUUAUAUAGUUAAAAUAGAUAUAAUAGUGAAUAAGUGAUUAUUUAUUAAAAAGUUUUGUCUUGUCCAUACUGUGGAUUCUUGUAAAUAUUCAAUGAAAUCAAAGGGAAGGGAAUUGUUAUAACGAGAUUUUACUCUUGUAGGAAUUUCAUUCGUUAUGUUUAUUUGAGCUUGUUCAUAAAAGAAAGGAAAUCAUUUAGCAUAAAUAUGGUGAUAUGUGGUGAGUGUGAACCAGUGAGAUUGUAUAUUUCCCUCCUUUCAAGAAAGGUUUGACAGUUACUAUAGGAACUUCAGUUAAUUACUUUGUGUGUUUUGUAGGAAACAAAUUGUUUGUGAAAGUAUAUCUGGGAUCUCUUGUUAGUUUAUCUUGUGUUUAAGAGGUGGGAAGUUGUUCAGCAUAAAUAUGGUGAUGUUUAUGUGGUGAGUGUGAGCCACAACUUUUACAUUUCCUUCCUGACAAGAUAAGAUUGAUAGUCUUUACUCAACCUACUUCAGUUAAUUGCUUUGUAUAUAUUUUUAAAAAAUUGUAUCUCUGUUGGUCUUGAAAAUGAGUCUCCGAUGUCUGGCUAUUUUAUUCUGUGCAUAAAAGAAGGGAUAUCAUAUAUGGUGAUUUUUAUGUGCUAGGUGCAAGCCAGUGAGUGUACAUUCCUUCCUUCCAGGAAAAGGUAAAAAAAAUUGUUACUUUAUCCACUUCAGCUAGUUCCUUUGUAUAUUAUAGACAGCAGAUUUUGCCUAUUCUUCAUAAAAAUGUCUCUCUGAUCAUUGCCAUAACAUUUAUAUAAUUGUUGAAGUAGUGAGUUUAAAUGUUGUUUAUGCAUCUUGAUUAGAAUCAUGUGCGAAAGAGAUUAUUACAGGGUAGUGCUUGAAAUUAUACCCAGUUGAAUGUUUCAAUAAAAGCUUUAAUAUUAAUGUAAUGGAACAUAUAUCUAUUAACACAAGGAACAAUGCAUAGAGAUUUAUGUAUCCUUAAUGCAUUACAUGCCCAGUAUGGGCCCAGUUUUGUCAUAGAACUUCUGAAACUCAAAGCCUACAUUUGUGAUCACUUGGAGGCAUGUCAUAUCCUCCGUAAUUUCACCACACAUUUGAACAGUUGAAGUCCUGAAUUGCUGCUGCUUUUUUUUUCUUUUUUUUUUCCCUCUCUCCCUCCCCUUAAGGUACUCAAAAGGAAGGUCACGUGGUUUUAUAUCUGGGCUGUUGGGUAGCCAUCGAUAUCCUGCACUCCAUGAAUGUGGACAGAAGUUGCCGUCGAACAGCCCAGACAUAAACCCUUGUGACUUCUUCCUUUGGGGUUACCUUGUGUCAGAUGUGUGUUGGCUGUUCGUGUUUUGAAAGUUGUGUGACUGAAUGGUGGUCAUAUUGAGUGUGUAAUCCAUAAAGGAUAAAUCUUCAUCAAUUGUUCUUUGUGUUGAUAGAUACACGUGUACUAUCAUAUAAAUAUUAAAGCUUUUAUUUAAACUUUCAGUUGGGUAUCCUUUUGUGCAGCACUCUGUACAUUCAUUUUAUUUUUCAUUGUUGCAUUGAGGCUGACUUAGGUCCAAGUUGAAAGAGACGAAAAAUGGCCAUCACACUACAGUUAUUCUGUAUUCAGAUGUGGCACGCUGUGAAGUUUAUAAUUUUAAGAUGUGCUUUCUUAUGUUAUAGACGUAUGUUGUAGAUAAUAUUGGUGAGAUACUUUCAUGUAGUAGCUGUUAGAAAUGUUUUGUCUUUUAAGAGGUGACAUGUGAAACUUUAUGACCCAGGAUGUGGUUUGUUAACAUUUAAUUCUGUUAAUAGUAAUUAUAUGUGAGUUUAAUAAUCUGA